AUGGCAACCGAGUUGAAGCGCCAGGCAAAUUCAAAUGGUAUUCCACUGGAAAAGGAUUUUUCGCACAGUAGCAAUAACUAUGGAGACGGCAGCAAUUCGCAUCAUAUGAAUGAUAUUUCAAUGAGUUCAAAUGAGGCUUUAAAUAGGAUCAGGACAGCUGGUAGUAUCAGUAUCAGUCCGGAACUGUUCGAAAAAAUCUAUCUUUCUCCACAAAACGCCGUAAAAGGUGAUCUAAGAAAAACCUUCGGAAAUCCUACUCCAGUGUAUGUCCAUCUAUUGUGCUUCGAAGUCACCAGCCUAACAGAGUAUGUAGCGCAAUACUUGGGUUUUUAAUCUCCCUCUCACCAUUAUCAUGUGAUCUUAUGGGCUGGCGUGGAGCAGGUGGUAAUGGUGCGGCUGGAAUGUAGGUGUCUUGCUUAUCUUACUGAUCCUACUUUGAUAUUUCAACUUACCCAUCGUUAGCGGUUCCUAUUACUUCUUUGGUGGACUCCUUAUGAUUGUUGGCGGCUUUCUCGAAUUUAUUCUCGGCAACACUUUUCCCUUUGUGGUUUUCAUCUCCUUCGGUGCCUACUGGCUUACACUUGCUUCCACACUACAGCCUUUCUACGGCGCAUAUGCACUUUACGCUCCUGCUGGUGGUACUGCAGCCGAUGGUCUCGAAACUGUUGGGUUCAACGCCUCUUUCGCAUUCUUUCUUAUCUUUAUGGGUGUCCUUUCUCUCAUAUAUCUCGUCUGUUCCUUACGCACAAAUGUUGUUUUUGUAAUAAUCUUCUUUACAAUGGUUGUCGCCUUUGGACUUUUGUCGGCAACAUAUUUGCACACUGCAAAUGGCAUCGGAAAUAGGGAUGCAGGUCAAUUGGCGCUGGCAGGUAGAUUGCAAAUUGCAGCUGGUGCGACUCUUUUUGUGACAGCACUGGCGGGUUGGUGGAUUUUUUUUGCUAUCAUGCUGGCGGCGUUAGACUUUCCAUUCCAAAUCCCAGUGGGUGACCUUAGCACUUUGAUUAAAGGAGCAAGCGAGAGACAGAAGUCUAAGGAACAAAUGGUCUAG